AUGUCUGUUCGAUCUGGAUUUUCACAGACUUUGCAAAUGUCUAAUAGUAAAAAAAGGUCAUACUUAGAUGAAUACAUGAGAUAUGGAUUUACCUACAUGCUUAAAGAAACCAUUAGCUACCCACAGUGUGUUAUUUGUUAUAAAGUACUAGGAAAUGACUCUAUGAAACCUUCAAAGCUUGCUAUUCACUUGAAUAAGUGCCAUCUUGAUCUCCAAACAAAAGAUACUGAUUUUUUCAAAAGAAAAUUUGAAUCACUGAAGAGAUGCAAAUUGGAUAAAACUGGGAUUAUUUACCAAACUCAACAGAAUAUAGUAGAAGCAUCCUAUAAGGUUUCAUAUAUAAUAGCACAGAACAAAAAAGCUCACACAUUGGCUGAAGAAGUUAUACUUCCAUGUACAAAAGAAAUCGUUAGAUUAUUAUUUGGAGAAGAAGCUGCAAAGAAGGUAGAUAAUAUAUCUUUAUCAAAUACUACAGUCAAACGAAGGCUAACGGAUAUUUCAUCAAACAUUAAAGAAAAUGUUAUUAAUGAAAUUAAAGAAUCCCCAUAUUUUUCUAUUCAGUUGGAUGAGUCCACAGAUUUUUUCAAUGACAAUCAAUUACAAUGGAAAUAUUUGUUUGGAAUUACUACUGAUGGAACUCCUGCCAUGAUGGGUUGUAAGUCUGGAUUACAGACUAGGGUGAAAGAGAUUGCUCCAAAUGUAGUUGGUGUACACUGUUUUAUUCAUAGACAGGCUUUGGCAGCCAAAACUUUACCAGGUAGUUUGAAAACUGUAUUUAAUCAAUUAGUCAAGUUGGUCAAUUAUAUAAAAUCUUCUGCUCUUAACACUCGCCUUUUUACAAAAUUUUGCUCUGACCUAAAUGCUGAACACAAUAAGUUAUUGUUUUAUACUUCUGUGCGAUGGCUAUCUGCUGGAAAUUUUUUGGAAAGAUUUUUCAUGCUUAGAAAUGAAGUGAAAGAAUUUUUAUGUCAAAUGAAAAGUGGACUGGUAGAAUAUUUUGAAUUUGAUAAUUUUGAAAUAACAACUGCUUAUCUUGUGGACAUCGUAGGUCAUUUUAACAAGUUAAAUUUGCAACUUCAAGGCAAAAAUGCUAAUGUUAUUACACAUUCAGAUAAACUGAAGGCAUUUAUUGAAAAGCUCAAACUGUACAAGACUAGAAUUAAUAAUGGAAACUUGAUCAUGUUUCAAAAUUUAAAUAACAUAAUUGGAGUUAACAUGCUUCCUGAAGUUAUAAAGACAGAAAUAGUUUGUCACCUAGAUAAUUUGAUUACUGAAUUUGGUAACUAUUUUCCAGAUAUGAAUCUUUUGAGCAGUGAAGUUAUUAUAUCACCAUUUUCUUGUGAUGUGAAAAAUGUGAAAGAGGAAGCACAAGAAGAGUUUAUAGAGUUAAAGAAUGAUACCACGGCUAAGGAUCACUUCAAAGUAGCACCAUUAAAUAACUUCUGGUUGAAAAUGAGGAAUUCAUAUCCAUUGUGUUCAUCAAUUGCACUUAAAGCCCUUAUUCCUUUUUCAACAUCAUAUUUGUGUGAAGCUGGGUUUUCAGCAAUGCUAUCUCUUGAAACAAAAAAAAGAAAUAGACUUGAUAUUGAUGCAGAUAUUAGAUGUGCUCUAUCAAAAACUAAACCAAAUUUUCAGAUAUUAAUUGCUAGUAAGCAGUGUCAGAAUUCACACUGA